UUUGGUUCACAUCCGGUGCAGGGCAGCAGACGGGUGGCCGAACAGUUCUUCGGUCCUUCCACGCACCCAUCGCCCGUUCUGCAACAAUUCUCAGGGGUGGGCAGCCAUGAUGGCCGGUGCCCUUGCCGUUGCGCAACCCGCAGCAGCUCUCAUGCCAUGCGGCAGGACGAAGAACCUCUCCGGCCAUCUCCCACGGCUGCCCUCUCCCGGAUUCUCAGGUAGGAGGAUAAGGAGCCGCGGUAUCGUUGCAAAGGUUGCGCAAGACAGUUCAUCAGAAUCGUCCGGGAGCAUCGUGAAAUACGUCAAGAACUCCUUCAGCACUCCCCAAGACAUCUUUGCUUUAGCUGGUAUAGGCUUCGCAGCAAUAGCUGCAAUAUGGGCUUCAGUAAAUCUAGUUGAGGUCAUUGAUAAGCUCCCUGUUCUUCCUCUUCUCUUUGAAUUAAUUGGGAUAUUAGUUGCAUGGCUGUUCAUCUACAACAAUCUCCUCUUCAAGCCAGACAGGGAAGAGUUUCUGAAGAACAUCAAAAGCUCAGUGUCUCGAAUCUUGGGGCAGUAACUUUUUGAGGCAACAGUGGACAACAAGCAUUCUGUCAUCGGUUCUCUUUAGGCCUGGCGAGAUGUAAUGUUUAACUGUAUGUGAGCAAUGAGUGUUACCAUUUUCACUCUCUAGAAGCAAUAUCUAUUUCCUGUACAUGUUGGUUAGUGUGAUUAAAACCAUUCUCCCAGUAGCAAGACUUGGGCUUGGACCUCUUGUACGAGAAAUAAGAACCAAUCCCUAGAUUCAUUCCUAA